AUGUCUCCCCGGGAAAUCUUUACAGAACGUCUUAGCCAAGUCGAGCACGCAUGUCAUUCAGCUCAGAAGUAUGCGUACGAAGACAUCAAGGAGAACAAUCACUGGUGCGGAGAGCUCAUUUGCAACGCGGCGAUAACCGCCCAGCACAUUUUCUUUUAUCUUGGGAUAGGACGGAAUCCUGUCCCAGAUGCAGACGCCUAUCGGAUUUAUCUUCUAGGCGAUCAAAAUGCGGAUGGCUCUUGGGGUCUUGCACCACAUGAGGGUGGCAACAUUUCCGUGAGUUGUGAGGUGUACCUGGCAUUGAAAAUCCUGGGUGAAAGUCCGGAUUCAGCAGAAAUGUCUCGCGCUAGGCAGUACAUCUUGCAAUGUGGAGGGGUCGCCAAAGUACGGAUGUGGACGCGGAUAUUUUUUGCGCAAUUUGGUCUGUUCCCAUGGGAGGCGGUUCCGGAAUUGCCGGCAGAACUGAUCCUCAUGCCUUCGUACGCCCCGAUGAGCAUCUACAGGCUAUCUUCGUGGGCGCGUGCAACUGUCGUGCCUCUUCUACUGAUCUCACACCAUCAGCCUGUGUAUGCUUUACCCAAUGGAUGGUCUGCCCACAACACUUAUCUUGAUGAAAUUUGGGUCAAUCCUGCUCAGAAGAAGGUACCAUAUGGGCCGUCAUUGUGGCGGGCUUGGGAGAGUGACCCGUUCUCGGUGUUAUUCACAGCCAUCGACAGCGGCCUUUACUGGCUAGGAGGGCUAAGAUGGUUCCCCUUCCGCAGAUAUUCACGGAAACUCUGUGUGAGGUGGUUGAUGAGCCGCUACGAAAAGACGGGGGAUUUGUCGGGGGUCGUGCCCCCGAUGUAUUUUGGUGUCCAAGCAUUGAUUUUGGAAGGGUUCGAGCUGGAAGACCCCGUUAUUGAGCGAGCCAUAGAAGCCUUAGAGCGGUUUACGUGGCAAGACCAGCGGGGUAAGCGUCUCCAGGCUUCCGUAUCACCAGUUUGGGAUACCGCCUUAAUGAUCAGGGCCAUGUGUGACACAGCCGCCAACAAGACGGACAAACGAUUGAAGGACGCAGUGGGUUGGGUCAAAAAAUACCAGAUUCUUGGUCCAGAGGGUGACUGGCGAGUUUAUAAUCCACAUCUUCCUGCGGGUGGAUUCUGCUUUGAAUACUUCAACACUUGGUACCCAGACACCGAUACUACGGCAGCAGCAAUGCUAGCCUUUCUUCACCAUGAUCCUGCCAUGGUUGAGUCGGCUGUUGUACACCGGGCAGCAUUGUGGAUAUGUGGGAUGCAGAAUUGUGACGGGGGUUGGGCGGCGUUUGACACGGGAAAUGACAAAAUGUGGCUAGACAGGAUACCGUUCAGCGACAUGAAUGCACUCUGUGAUCCGUCAACACCUGAUGUCACAGGUCAUAUGUUGGAGGCCCUGGGAAUCUUGUUGAAACUUUCAAACGAAGAAGUUGGUACAGUCAAUCCAAUGCACGAGAUAUCUUGCGCUUGUCAGAGGGCGAUCCAUUAUUUAGCCAGCCAACAAGAAUCUUGUGGCGCGUGGUAUGGCCGAUGGGGGGCGAACUAUAUUUUUGGCACCUUUAACGUCCUGUGUGGACUCGCCUUUUUCGCUGAGCAUGAUGAGCUCGUCCAGACGAUGAUGGCGUCUGGAGCCAAAUGGCUCUCCUCGGUACAGAACUCUGAUGGUGGCUGGGGAGAAGGACUGAACAGCUACAACGAUCCUGCCCGUGCUGGCCGAGGUGUGUCUACGCCAUCACAGACCGCCUGGGCAAUUCUUGGCUUGCUAACAGUAUACAACCACACUGAGCCCGCAGUGAAUUCUGGGGUGAUGCACCUGUUGGAGACGCAGACAGAUGUACAUGUCAAUGGUGCCGGAGCGUCUUGGCCCGAAGAUAGACACACAGGUGUUGGUUUUCCAGGUCAUAUCUACAUGGGCUAUACUCUAUACCGUCACUACUUUCCUAUGAUGGCGCUCGGUAGGUACGCAGAGAAAAUGAAGAAAAAGAAUGAAUCGUCUAGUGGGAGCAAUGGUAAGGUUUAA